AUGGUGCUUGGGGCUAUGGUGAUGGCUGUGGCUGCAAGCCUUGCUCAGGGGUGUUCAAGGGCAGUCUACGAGGAUGCCGCCGGUCACUUCUACACCGGGCGCACGAUGGAUUGGACGGAGCCCACGAAGGCGAAAAUCUGGGCCUUUCCCAAGGGCAUGAAGAGAGACGGGGGUGUGGGUCCCGGUUCGCUGGAGUGGACCUCGAAGUGGAGCUCAGUGGUGACAUCAAUGUACGAUAUCGCCUCCGUGGAUGGCAUGAAUGAAAAGGGGCUGGUCGGCAGCAUGCUUUACUUGGUUGAGACGGAUUAUGGGAACGAACACCGUGGUGAUCAGAAGAAACUCUCCGUUGGCGCCUGGAUGCAGUACGUGCUGGACUCCUUUGCCACUGUUCCUGAAGCAGUGUCUGCCUUGCAGUCGGAUGCCUUGAACAUCAUCGCACCAGAUCUUCCCAGUGGAGACGCUUGCGCUGCGCACCUUGCCCUUUCAGAUGCCUCAAAUGGCUCUGCAAUCUUCGAGUACAUUGCCGGCCGCCUCGUCAUUCACAAUGGCUCCCAAUACAAAGUGAUGACAAACUCGCCACCAUAUGACCAGCAGCUAGCACUGACAGCAUAUUGGGAAGGAGUUGGGGGGAAUACUUUCCUCCCUGGAACUCAUCGGGCGGCCGACCGCUUCGCACGUUUGAGUUUCAACCUGCAUGCGGUUCCUAAAGCCAACACUCCCGAGGUGGCAGUGGCCACUGCCUUCUCCCUCGUACGAUCCAUCUCCGUGCCGUUGGGUCUGGCAGAUCCUCACCACCCGAACUUGGCCUCCACAAGGUGGCGAAGCGUCACAGAUCACACCCAUGGCAAGUAUUACUUCGACUCCGUCAUCAAUCCAAGCGUCUUUUGGGUGGACUUGGACAACAUCGACUUCACAGGAGGAGUGCAGCGCCUGCCUUGGCCGGAGGAGGACUUGGCUGGAGAUGUCUCCAAGAAGUUUGUACCGUCCGAGCCCUUCCCAUUCAUUCAUCCGCCUGCCCGGCAGCUGCACGUGUAA